CGCGUGAGCGCUGGAGUCCGCCGUAUGUCGAUCCCAUGGGGUGCUUGUGCAGGGUCCGGGGGCCCCCACGAAGGACCCCUCCCGGGCUGGGGCGAGCGGGCCAAGCGGCCUCUUGCUGCCCCUCCCUGCCUCCCAGGGGGCCGGGAAAGCGCGCUUUCACUUUCGAAGGGUGGAAUGCCCCGAGCAGAGGCCCCGCGGGUCAUUCGCCCCGGGCUGGACCUGGUGCCGGCUGGAGAGUCCGGUGGUGUGCGGCACCCCGGGAGACAGCAGCCUGGAGGCCCGGGGCUCUGGUGCAGGGAGCCUAACCCAUGGAGCUCCGGAACGCGCUGGCGUGGGGCGGACAGGAAAACGCUGGUGCUAGUUGGGGGCUGCAGAUGCCCUUGGGGGUCCCCAUUGCCGCAGGAGUCCUGGGUCUUCUCGCCCUCCUGGCUUUGGCCUGUCAUUGCAUCAAAGAGGCCUGGAACUCCAAGUGGAAGCCUACCUGUUGGGGCUGGAGUGGGCACCCGCCCUGGAAGGGCCUGCAGCUCGUCUCCCUCCACAGCCCGGAGGAGCCCCAUCCGCAGAGCCUGCUCCGCAGCCCUACUGCGGAGGGACCCCCACUCACCUAGUAAGCAUCGGAAAGAAACACCUGUCAGUGUGGCCUGUGCGCUGGAAUCCAGGCCUGCGGUUGGGCCUCCCCGCCCCACAGGUGCAGGAUGAGGGAGGGGACGUUAGAAGCGGCUCCCUCCCCUGGCCUGUGGCAUGGAUGCUUUCUCCUGAAGGAUCAGCCUCUGUCAUCCCGCCCUUAGCAGUAGUCCCCUCCAUGGGGUGAUGGGCUGACCCAAAGGAGAGCCACGGGCUGGCUGGGCGAAUGAAGGCCUGUGGCCCUGUCAGCUACUGGUGAACAGCGGAACAGGCAGAAGGAAGCUGGGCCCGGCCUGACCCUCUCUCUAACUCCCCCACCCCGCCUCCAGUUACAUUCCCGUUGCAGUGACCAAAUACCUGGCCAGAAACAACUUAUGAGAGAAAGGGUUUGUUUCAGUUUACAGCUCAAGGGGAUAGGAUCCAACAUGGUGGGAUGUCUUGAUGGCAUGAACAGCUGGUCAAUCAGUCUCAAGCCAGGAAGGAAAGAGAUGAAUACUGAUACUAGCUAGCUCUCUCCUUAAUUAAAAUUUUUUAUAUUAA